GUGACAUGGCGGAAACAAGGAGGCCAGACAGCGGGGACAUGGAGGUGGAGAAGCCGCGGCCCCGGAACAUAACCCGGGAAGAGUCACUAAAGCUAGAAGGCUAUAAGCACGCCUGCCAUGCUCUCUUACACGCACCCAGUACCGCCAAGCUGUUUGACCGCGUCCCUAUUAGGCGUGUAUUGCUGAUGAUGAUGCGUUUUGACGGGCGCUUGGGAUUCCCAGGUGGUUUUGUAGACACUCGAGACACAUCUCUGGAAGAAGGUCUGAAACGGGAGUUGCAAGAGGAGCUUGGUCCUGCUCUUACUACCGUGGAAGUGUCAGUGGAAGAUUAUAGAAGUUCCCAAGUCAGGGAGUACCCUCAAAAGUGUGUUACUCACUUCUACAUUAAGGAGCUGAAACUGGAGGAAAUAGAGAGGAUUGAAGCUGAGGCUGUGAAUGCCAAAGACCAUGGAUUAGAGGUGAUGGGCCUGGUCCGCGUGCCCCUGUAUACCCUGCGGGAUGGAGUGGGAGGUCUUCCUGCUUUCCUGUGCAACAACUUUAUUGGGAACUCCAAAAGUCAACUUCUGUAUGCACUGCGCUCCUUGAAACUGCUACGGGAGAACCAGAUUCAGGAGGUCCUGAAGGCAAGCCAUAAACUUCAUUACUGAAGCUAAUAUGGUGUCUUCUCGCUGUUUAACUGCUGGUGUGUGUAUGUAUAUAUAUAUAUAUAUAUAUUGUAUAUAGAUAAAUUCUAUAUUGUCACGCUAUUUUGAAUUGAUUUCAACUGCAAUUAAGUUGGAUUUGCUUUCAGAACAGCCUCCCAUAGGUGCCACACAAACCCAGAUAAUCAAAUAAUAGGGCAAAAAUCAUUUGAUUUUUUUUUCUUUUCAUUUUCUCAAGUUUCUAUGCUUAAGAAAUGUUUAAACUGUAUGCUCAACUACAACUUUCUUUGUAUCUAUGUGACUGUGUUAGAUCUAUUACAAAAAUAUUAUUUUCUCUUUGUUGUAAUAAGACAAAUAAAAUGCUGAAGUACAGAGCUACAGAAAACCGAAA